AUGAAAAGUGUCUAUCAACCACCUCAACAUCAGCAAGUCUGCUUGUCAGCACUCCCCAACGGAGAGCCGCCAUUGCCAGCCAUAGUCGCUACCGACGUGAAUAAAGCUCUAGAUGAAUUGGCUUAUAAAAAGGCUGAUAAAUCCCUACCGCAGCCCGGGGUGGACCCCAACCAGCAGGAUAUUUCAGUGUAUCCAAUAUUGAGCGACAAAGGCUUUUUAAUACACCUGCAGGAGUUCCAUGAAGCUUUGAUCAAAGCCAUCGUGAAUAUCGUGGAACGAUGGUGGGAUGACAGCGUUUCCGAUUUCCCCUCGAGAAUGCCCCUCGAGCCUCGGGCAGAAGAUAUGUUAAAGUGGAUUGAUGAACAAAGCAAGAAUAGCUCAAUGCCCGCUUUCGCAAACUGUCUGGGUAAUUGGAGACCAGACUUUCUUUUGACCCACAAUGACAUUUCAGUCCAAGGGCCAGGUUUCCAGGUCUGUGAGAUCAAUAGUCGAACACCCUAUAACUUCUUGAUCCAUACUGCAUACAAGCAUUGCAUGAUGAAGGGACUGCUCGGGUUGGACUCUAUUAUUCAGCCAGCAGGCGAUUUCAAGACUAUGGUGGAUGGCAUGUUCGAACACUUCAACCUUAACUUGCCGAUACAUUUGGUCAGGGGAAGAGACAGCAUCGAAAGGCAAGAAUUCGCCCUAUUAGCUGAGCAGAAAACUGGAUUACGGCCGAGAUUGGUGAACGUAUCUGACCUACAAUUGGAGCCCGACUCCUCUUCUUCCACUGGACAUACUCUUUAUUGCAAGUUGCAAGAAACUGGGGAUGAGCAAGAGCUAGAGAGAGUUCAUCAAGUCGCUUUGGCGCUUUUUCCUGAGGAAUACAGUCUUCUACCGCUUGACAUGCUUUGUCAUCUGGCGAAAAUAUCGGUGAAUGAUCUCCGUACCAGCCUAUUCGUGAACGAUCAGAGAUUCCUAGGCAUUAUCUUGCAGGAAUUGGAUGGUCUUGUUGAGAAACAUAAAGUCCUCACUCCUGAUCAAGCUAGAAUUCUCCAGGAAGGGAUUGUGCCUACGAUCCUGCCUGGAUCUCCGGAACUCAAAAAAAUCCUCCUAAGCAAUAUCAAUCCGGGAAACACCUUAAAAAAUGCUUUCAUGCUGAAAGCAACUCGCUCUAGUCGAGGUGUUGGUCAUUUGAUCGGAGAGGAGCUUUCCACAGAAGAGUGGGAAGCAGCCUUGCUCGGAAUGCAAGAUCAAGCCAUUCGGGCAGACGUAACAUCAUAUGUACUUCAGCCAUAUGUGCGACAGCCCAAGUUCGACAUCCUUGCAGACAAAGACAGAGUAGUGAGCAACAGUCAAGUAGUUGGUACUUAUUAUACUGUUAACGGUCGCUUUGUCGGGUUGGGACCUUGGCGCUCGGGAAAUGGGAAGAUAUGCAACGUUUUCAAUGGCGGGUGUGUGCUUGUAAACUCCGUUACAACUGCAGACUUAUGA